AUGGCCCUCCAUCCUCUCCAAUUUAUAUCAGGCCUGUUGACGAAAGGACACAUACGAUUCAGAGUCCCCUACUGGUCUGACACCCCGAAAUACUACCUCUCUACGUUCCUGGACCGGGAUACAGGCUGUGACAUCGUGGCCUCCUCCCAGCGUACCAGGAUGGUCUUCCAGAUGGACCUUGAGGAAGCGCAGACGAGGAGCACGAGUAUCGAGAUCUUGAACGGAUUCUGGAGCGACGUGUAUCCCUACUUUGGCGUGAGCGCGCGGGACAGAGGUACAGCGGGCGAUGUAUGGAGUCCCCCGACGAGCCCUCACUUCGAGUUCUACAGUGUACAACAAACGGCGGAUGCGAACCUCCAGCAGAAAGAGACUUCUUUCACAGCGUGCAUCAAACACCACAUGGAAGAACUUCCAUUCCAGGCUAGUGCAAUUUGGCGCUACGAUCCCUCCAACAAGGGUCGACUCACUCCCCACCUCCUCGCGCUCAAUGGAACGAAAAUUCCCAUUAUGAUCCGACAGGGGGUCUAUGGCAACGACGCGAUCCACUUCAGGGCCUUUUCCCCCUCAGAUGAAGGUGACUUGGACUACGCCAUGGCAAGUAGCAUUAUCCGAAAUAUCGGAAGAGUAAACACUCAAUUUCUCGCUGUGCAGGAACUCUAUUUUGAACCCUUGGAGGAGUGA